CACUGAUCUAACACACUACUGUACACCUCUCAGCUGACAACUCUAUUGUUACAAGGAUGCAGGCAGAGGAAUACAAUCGUAGAGGUAAAGAGAUGGUGGAUUACAUCACUAGGUACCUGACCACCAUCAGAGAGAGGAAGGUGACCCCAGGCCCAGAGGUGAAGCCUGGCUAUAUGAGAGAGCUGCUGCCAGACAGCGCCCCCACUGACCCGGAGGACUGGGACUGUAUCUUCAGGGACAUAGAGAAGGUCAUCAUGCCUGGGGUGGUUCACUGGCAGAGCCCCUACAUGCAUGCGUACUACCCAGCCCUGACCUCCUGGCCCUCCAUGUUAGGAGACAUGCUGGCUGAUGCCAUCAACAACAUCGGAUUCACCUGGGCCUCCAGCCCGGCGUGUACAGAGCUGGAGAUGAACGUGAUGGACUGGUUGUGUAAAGCCCUUGGUCUCCCCACCUCCUUCCUCCAUCACCACCCAGACAGCACCGGAGGAGGAAUACUUCAGAGCACAGUGAGUGAGAGUAGUCUGGUAGCUCUGCUGGCUGCCAGGAAGGCCAGGAUCCAGCAGCAGAAGAGGACAGAUCCAGCAGACAGAGACCUGGACGACUCAGUGGUCAACUCCAGACUGGUGGCCUACGCAUCAGACCAGGCUCACUCCUCAGUGGAGAAGGCAGGUCUGAUCUCCCUGGUGAAGAUCAGGUUCCUCCCUCCAGACGACCACUUCUCCCUGAGAGGAGACACUCUGAAACAGGCCAUCCAGGAGGACAGGAGGAGAGGACUGGUACCUGUCAUGCUGUGUGCCACUCUGGGGACCACGGGGGUGUGUGCCUUCGACGACCUGUUAGAGCUGGGACCAGUGUGUACGUCUGUAUCUCCUACCUCUAAUUAUUAUACACACCCGUAUGACAUACAACACGUACCACACAUAACAUGUAUGACAUAUGACUUUGUAAAAUCUCAGCAUCCUCGGUACGUAGUCAUAAAGCGCCUCAGAGUAACAGCGCUGAUCAUGAAUGGACGGGGGGGGGGACGUUGCUCUGCUCCUAUGAGCCGUUCCUGCUCGCACAAGCCAAGGUUCCCGCAAGGCUACUUUAUACUUACUCUGAGACGCUGUAUGAAUACAGAUAAGGGUCGCAGGUUCAAGUUCCACUCGGACUCCCACCGCCCCCCAGAUUCUCUGCAAAACGUGUUUGUAUUCCUCCCCCUGCCUGGCCUAGGUGCAGAGGAAGGUCUGUGGCUGCAUGUGGAUGCAGCGUACGCCGGCUCAGCGUUCCUCUGCCCUGAGCUGAGAGGACCUCUGGGGGGUAUAGAGUACGCUGACUCCUUCGCAUUCAACCCCUCCAAAUGGAUGAUGGUCCACUUCGACUGCACUGCCUUCUGGGUGAAGGACAAGUACAAGCUCCAACAAACCUUCAGUGUCGACCCUGUCUACCUCAGACACGAAAACUCAGACCAAGCCACCGACUUCAUGCAUUGGCAGAUCCCCCUGAGUCGACGGUUCCGCUCUCUGAAGCUGUGGUUCGUGAUGCGCUCCUUCGGUCUGAAGAACCUUCAGGGACACAUCAGACAUGGUGUAGAGAUGGCUAAGCUACUGGAGUCCCUGGUUAGAUGUGACCCUAACUUUGACAUGCCUGCUGAGAGACACCUUGGCUUGGUGGUCUUCUGUCUCAAGGAAGGGAAUGCUCUGACUCAGGAGUUGCUACGGCGACUGACGCGGUCCGGCACCAUGUACCUUGUCCCCGCCGACAUCGAUAGGAAACGCAUCAUCCGCUUCACCGUGACGUCACAGCUGACCACCUCAGAGGACAUCAUCAGGGACUGGAACAUCAUUCGCAAAAUGGCCGCCGACCUUCUGGCCGAGGAUGCAGAAAAACUGGCAGUCUGUAAAAUGGAGGAGCAGCAUUCUUCAGUCAGAAAAACUGUUGAGAAGCUGUCAGAGACAAACAGUGAUUCGGAGAAUCAGACAACAACAGCCGCAGAGGGCUUGGCUGCCUCUCUCAUGACUAGGAAACCAAAGGAGAUUGAAAAGGCCAUCAGUGACACAGAGGAUGAAACACUGAAAACACCCAAAAAGCAAGAGACCGGCCCAACACAGACCAGCCCCAAGACAGGAUCCAAAGAGCUGGAGGCUGGCCCGACACAGACCAGCCCCAAGACAGGAUCCAAAGAGCUGGAGGCCGGCCAGACACAGACCAGCCCCAAGACAGGAUCCAAAGAGCUAGAAGCCAGCCCCAAGACAGGACUCAGAGAGCUAGUGACCAGCCAGGCCCAGACCAGCCAGGACCCAGAGACAGGAGCCAGAGACGGCCCUGAGGAAAUCCCCUGUACUGCUGCCUUCAGAGUUCAGAGGGUCCAACCACAGCUCCGCUUGGACAGUGAUAAGACUGGAUUUAGACCACAACCACCAUUCUGGAUGGAUAAAGAACAGUUUGGGUCUGAGAACAGGUCGAGGAGGAGAGUACGCUCUCUGAGCUGCAGCAGUGAGCCCUUACCUGGCCCCAUUGGGCCCCUGUUUGGUCAUAACACUGAUCCCCUUUCUAAGCCUCUCUCUAGCUCUGUCACGGACUCACAGCCUGGACAUAAAGACCCAGACCUCAUCCCCCCCCUAAAUGACACCCAGCUCAGGCGUCUCUCCUCAGGCCCAAGCCCCUCAGGCCUCUUUCAGAUCCCAGAGUGGCCUUCUCCAACCAAUUCCAACCAGCUGGGAAAACGGGUCCUGAGAAAGCUCACCAAGUUCUACAGCUUGCCCAGUUUCUGCCACCUGUGGGUGCAGUGUGGGCGCUACCAGGUGUGCUGCCCUGUCAGGGGACUUCAGAUCGCCCCAAAGCUCAGAUCUCCCCAAAUCCCUGGUCCUCCUCUGGGUGUAGGAGACUCAGCUGUUGGUCUUGUUCCUCUGUGA